GUUAUGAUUCAGCAACCCUCGUGAUUGCAUUUUGAUAAAUCUUUCGCUCGAAGCCAAGUGGCCAUACAUCCGCAAGUUGAAGAAGCAUUUGGCACGCAGCGAUUAUUUCAUCUACCUCUACGUACUGUAUAUAAAGUAUUUACAAAGAUGAGCUGUCUUAAUACCACCGAUACAUACUAGGACGGGGGGCAACUGCCAUCGCCCUGAAUUGGCCCUUAAUCACGCGUGGCGAUCUAAGCGAACGCGUUUUUCGGGAUAGUUUGAUCAACUCCUACUUUUGUAUCUCGAGUUUGACUGCACAUCUAUAGCAAGCUGCGCAACUUAACCUUUGGUACCAAUUACCGGUGACUCUGCCUAACGCUCUUGGUAGCUCUUCUAUUCAGUUUAGUGAACGGAGGCUUCUUGUUGUCAUGCGUUAGCCAUCGCGCCUUGGAACGAAAUGGCUGCCAUAGACAUCCGCGGAGUCAGGCGCAGGCUUGGAAAUGUUACUGGGGGACUAUCCUCCAAUGACCCACCACCAAACGGCACGUUAGAGCUUGAUGCGUCUGAUCGACAGAAGACGCGCGACCAUCGCGCUGCUGCCUGCGCCCGAUGCGGGUCGGGCCUCGACGUCGCUACCUUCGCCAUCUUCCUGGCCCAGCCCCUCCUCCGGGCGCUGCUGGGGCCGCUGGGGGUCGGGACGGGCCUGGCAGACACCGUCCUCAAGGCAGUUGCCGUGCUAGUGGCGCUGGCGCAGGGGUGGCGCGUGCUGACCUUCCGACGCUGGCGUGACGAGCACGCGCACGUGGGCCGCUUCCUGGCCUGCUUCUGCGCCAUGCUUGCAGAGCUGGCGGUAGAGAACUGCGUAGUGUGGUUGGUUUCCGCGUGGGAUGACCGCAAGUACGACAUGGUUCCCGGUCUGCAGGACAACGUGGCUCGUGUCGUACGAUUGGCAGCGCGGCACAACAGCUGGGUGCAUGCGGUGGCGUCAGCCCGCUGGGCCGACAUCAAGCACUUCCUGCUGGCACUGCUCGCACUAGCGUUCUCGGGAACCUGGGACCAGGUGCCGUACUCUGGAUUUGGCCUCAUGUCGCGGGUCGUACUAACCCAUUGCGUAAGCCGGCUGCUGCGCAUGGCAUGCUUCCUGAGCACCGUGCUGCCCAACCCGCGUCCCGGCUGCUACCGCCGGCGCUUCCCACCGCCUCCUGACGGGCUGUGGGAGACGAUCAAGGCGGGUUACACCACGAUCCGUGGCUUUGGCGGCUGCAACGACUUAAUAUUCAGCGGCCACUGCGUGUUCUGGUGCCUGGUCCCACUCGCCUUCCGCACCUACCACCCGGGUGGCUGGCGCCCCGGCACAUGGCUGCUGUGGGCGGCGCUGCUGCACACCUGCGUACGGGACGUGCUGGACGAGCAACACUACAGCGUGGACAUGCUUCUGGCGGUGGUGGUGACAUGGGCGGUUUGGGACUGGGUGGAGUGGGUCUACCCGCCGGACCGACAGCUGCUGCCCCGGAGACCUGCGGGCACACCCGCGGACCGGCUGAACCCCGGCGUGGUGGGGCUUAUACUGGCGGCGCUGGCGCUGGCUGGGGUCAUCGUGAUCGGUGGCAAGGCGUGAUGACGAGGGGGGUAAUGAGGAAUAGGUGGUGAGCCGUUUGACAAGGUUGG